AUGGGUGAUGAUUACGAAAUUUUGGAUCCAACUAGAACUGAAGCAAAAUUUACUGAUGAUGCUCCUCCUUCGACACCAAUUAUGUCCAGCAUAAAGCAGCCAGUUAUUGAUGGUGGCCAGAGAAAUGGUGGUGAUAACAAAAUGGGAAGUGAAAGUAAUAUAAGGCAAAAAUGGAAGGGAAAGAAAGGUGUUGAAAUGCAAAUGAAGGAGGGAAAACGAAGUAAAAAAGAUGAAAAGAAUAAUUUACACAAAUAUUGGAAUCGAUAA